UAAUGAAUCUCAAUUGAGUAACGCUGAUUGAGAAAUAUAAUGUUGAUUGAUUCAUUUUCUUGUACAGUCAAUAUCGAGCUGUGCUACUGGAUAUGCAGAUUGAAUAAUUGAGAAAAACCAUGACUUUUGCUACAACGAUUUCGAUAAUCAUCAUUCUGCUGGGACUACUUGUGACAUUGAUGAAACGCAAAUAUACAUUCUGGAAAAACAGAAACGUACAAACACCUCCCUUCAAAUUUGGAUGGGGUAAUUUCCAAGAUCCAAUUCUUCAGAGAAGAUGUUUCUCUGACACACUGAAGGAUUUCUAUCGUUUCUUCAAGUCCAGGCAACUUCAACAUGGUGGCCUUUACAGCUUUAUAUUCCCAGUUUACGUACCAAUCGAUUUGGACAUAAUAAAAUCCAUCCUUCUGGUCGAUUUCGAUCAUUUUGCACACAGAGGAUUCUACAUGAACGAAGUCGAUGAUCCGUUGAGCGCUACGAUUUUUGCUUUGAACGAAGACAAGUGGCGAUGGGUUAGAGCAAAGUUCAGCCCUGCAUUUAGUCCUGCAAAGCUGAAGGUGAUGUUUGACAGCAUUAUGAGAUGUGGAGAAGAAUUUGCAGAUACAAUUGGAGAGGUAUGUAACGAAGCUGUGGAUAUCACCGAGGUCAACGGAGGUUACACUAUGAAUAUUAUUGGACAAUGCGCCUUUGGCAUCGAAUGCAACUCUUUGAAGGAACCUAAAAAUGAGUACAUCGUCAAUGGAACUGCUUUCUUCGAGAGAUCUUUACUGGAAAACAUUAAAAUUCAACUGACAGAAAUAGUCCCUGAACUGAUGAAGAAGCUGCACAUAUCUAUUACUCGUCCAAGCGUUACUGAUUUUUAUAAGCGUCUUACCUUUCAAGCCAUGGAAUAUAGAGAGAAGAACAAAAUAGUUAACAACGAUUUAUUAGAUUUAUUGAUAAAGAUGAAGAACAUGAAUGAAUCCAAUGAUGAUGUUGACAGCAUAGAUAAAACUUGUGCAAAAAAAUUACCUUUUGGUGAAAUUGUUGGUUUAGCAUAUUCGAUGUUUUUAGCAAGUUUUGAAACAACGUCUAUAGCUAUUUCUUUCACCCUGUACCUUCUAGCUUCACACAGAGAUAUCCAAGAGAAAGCUAGGGAUGAAGUGAUUCGAGUAAUGAAAAAAUAUAAUGGAAAACUGACGUAUGAAUCGAUGUCUGAAUUUGUGUAUCUAGACAUGGUUAUAGAUGAAAGUAUGAGGUUAUACCCUCCAGUACACCAUUUAUAUAGAAUGUGUACAAAAGAUUACAAAGUACCCGGCACCGAUCUUAUCCUGAGAAAAGGACAGAAAGUAUUCGUACCUGUUAUAGGUAUACACCAUGAUGAAGAGUAUUAUCCUGAUCCUGAAAAAUUCGAUCCUGAAAGAUUUUCUACUGAAAAUUCAAAUGAUAGAAAUCCAAUAACGUUUAUGCCUUUUGGGAUAGGGCCAAAAUACUGCCUAGCCCAACGUUUCGGAUUACUUCAAGUCAAGAUUGCACUAAUAAUGGUACUGCAGAGAUUCGAAAUGUCCACUAACGAAAAAACAAAAAAUCCACUGGAAUUCAGCACUGGAAACCAUAUCACAUUGUUUCCCAAAGAUGGAAUUUGGUUGAACAUGAAGAAAAUCAUUGAAUGAAAGUGUUGUGGAAGAUUCACAUGUCCAAUUUAUCUCAUAAACUAAAUUUUAUAACAAAAUUUUAUAUCUAUAAAGUUAUUAAAGUUGUUCAAUAAUGUACUGAAUUUCGAGACAGUCAGAAAUGUAGCCUUAUAAAGCCACAGUGUGGCGAAACAAUUAUUGUUAACAAUUAAAUAAUCCAGUG